ACAAAAAUUCGAGAAAUGCAUUCGAAAGUCAAUUCACUGGAGGAGAAAGUGAAACUGCCGCCCACAGAGACAAUAAGUCGCUGCUAUCAACCGCAGCAAAGCAAUCGUAAGGUCAUCCGCAUCCUAACUGUGGCCGUCUAUGUGCUAUGCGUCUCAUUGGCGGCCAUAAUGUUGUCGCUCUAUUAUAUAUUCAUAUGGGAUCCGACCAUACGGCCAUUUAUAACCAAGGGCAAUCACUGCGACAAAAUUGUGAUACCCGAAAAAAUUGCCAUACGCCUUUUAAACUCAUCGGAAGUCACCGCAGAGCAGUUCUACAAGCACAUCCUCGAACAGUAUCGCAUUCUCAAUCAUUUGCAACAGCAGCACCAGCAGUUUUUGCACAAACAGCAUCUGCAAUUGAAGCAACUGGAUGCGAGCAAUCGUUUCCAAGAGGUUUUUGCCACGGCCACCAUAAUUCAGGCGCAUCCCCAGUCGCUUGAGCCGCUUAAAAAGUCGCCGUCAUCGAGGACAUUAACGGUCAAUAGUAGAAGUAACUACAGCAAUAGUAACAGCAGCAGCAGCAGCAGCAGUUCCAUUGGCUUAGGUAGCUCCGCCAGCAUCAAUGCAGCAGAUGCUGUCGUCUCACCUCAUGGCCAUCACCUGCCACUGGUGUUGGACACUUCACCGCCAGCAGAUAUGUCAAGUUCGGGACACCUGAAACGGAAGUCUCAUCGUGGCCACUAUAAACAUCAUCGGGGAAGGGUUGGGGGACAAAAGCGCAAUCUGGUUAAUGCUUCGAGCGGUUCCCCUUGGGUGAGCACCACAGCAGCUGCCAAUUUCGCUUUGGGUGAGCCGCAACAACAAGAGUCGGCGGCUGGUCCAGCUGCAGCUUCGGGAGUGGCAGUGGCCACAGCUUCUGUGCCACAUGGCUAUAUGGAUACACCAUUGAAUCCAGCGGCCGGAACAAUUGUGCAGCAGCCAUUGCAAUUGUAUACAUCAAUGCCCAUACCAUUGAUCCUCAGUCCCAGCGAUGAGAAGCGACCCUCGCAUCAUGCCCAUAAUCAUGCCCAUGGCGAGCGACGUGGAGGAGCUCAAGCCCGACGGAGGACAACAACGGCCACGGUGUCUGGCUACGAUUCGCAAACGUAUCUCAAUCCGUUUUUAACCGGUGAACUAAUCUUUGAGAAGUAAGGAACGAAAUCGUUGUGAAGCGUACACACAUCCUUACACAGAUACUACUAAUACAUAUAGCAGUUAUAUAUGUAUUAGAUGGCCAAAGUUAGUUCAAUAUAUUUUAAGCCGACGCGGACACUUUCUACACAGAAUUCGGACUCUCAUAUCACACACACACACAGACAGACAGACGCACCUAAGAGAAGGAUAUAAUGGCGAAUAAUAGUAGUAGAUCUUAGACAUUGGAAUGCCCGAUGAUGGAAAGAAAUUUGCAAUUUGUUAUACUCGUAGUUUUCCCCCAAUGAUAAGAUUAUCUUUAAUAAUCCAUCUUUCCAAGCAUCAAAAGGAUCGAAAGAAACCGUAAAAUAUAUCAAAAAAGUAAUAACAAUUUAUAUAGAGGGAUAUAUACACUCAAUACAUAUAUAUACACAUAUAUAAAAAUAUAUAUUCAAAGUCGUCUCUAAGUGGGUCUCAUCUCAGCUAUGUAGAAGGACAAGGAAGAAGACUGAGGGCCCUCAAAGAAAACAAAACAACUUUAAACUACUUUUGCAUACUAAAUAAAACGAAAAACAUAUAUCCAAAUACAUACAUACUACGAGUAUACAUGUUGAACAAUAGUUAUACAUAUGUACUAGUUAGUUAACUACCGAAAAACGAAAAAGACAUACAUAUUGCAUAGAUACAUACAAAGCAUACUUAUAUACGGGACCCACAUCCACUAGAACUUCACUCAGUCACAAAAUUGCAACUACAAAAAGAAAAAUAUAUAUAUAUAUAUUAUAUAUAAUAAUAAAAGAAAAGGAAAACUGCAAAGUCACACAGCGGCAAAGCAAGCAAACACCCCACCAGGACACUGCUUCAAUUUUCAAAGGCAGCUAGCGAAUGCUACAUACAUAUACAUUUACAUAUACCAACCAACCUAAAUAUAUACAUACA